GGAUCCGCCGCCCGCGCCGCCGCCAUGGUUAUGUCCCAGGGCACCUACACGUUCCUUACGUGCUUCGCCGGUUUCUGGCUCAUCUGGGGUCUCAUCGUCCUACUCUGCUGCUUCUGCAGCUUCCUGCGCCGCCGCCUCAAACGGCGCCAGGAGGAGCGACUGCGUGAGCAGAACCUGCGCGCACUCGAGCUGGAGCCCCUGGAGCUCGAGGGCAGCCUGGCCGGGAGCCCCCCGGGCUUGGCGCCACCGCCACCACCGCACCGCGGCCGCCUUGAGGCGCCGGCGCACGCGCAUCAGCACGUGCACCCGCUCCUGCACGGGCCCGCGCAGCCGCACGCACACGCGCACGCACAUCACCACGCGCUUCCGCACCCGCCGCCACCGCACCUCUCCGUGCCGCCGCGGCCCUGGAGCUACCCGCGCCAAGCGGAAUCGGACAUGUCCAAGCCACCGUGCUACGAAGAGGCGGUGCUGAUGGCCGAGCCGCCGCCACCCUACAGCGAGGUGCUCACGGACACGCGCGGCCUCUACCGCAAGAUCGUCACGCCCUUUCUGAGCCGCCGUGACAGCGCCGAGAAACAGGAGCAGCCGCCGCCCAGCUACAAGCCCCUCUUCCUUGACCGGGGCUACACUUCGGCGCUGCACCUGCCUAGCGCCCCGCGGCCCGCGCCACCCUGCUCUGCGCUCUGCCUGCAGGCGGACCGCGGCCGCCGGGUCUUCCCCAGCUGGACCGACUCGGAGCUCAGCAGCCGCGAGCCGCUGGAGCACGGAGCUUGGCGCCUGCCGGUCUCCAUCCCCUUGUUCGGUAGGACUACAGCCGUAUAGAGGGGCGCCUGGCAUCCCGGGCCCCACCCGCGGACUCCUGGCCUGGCUUGACUGCGGGGCUUUUUAAAUGCUUCCUUUGGACUCCGGGGGC